UCUUAAUUUUCGUAAAUUUGUCAACAUUGCUCUCAAAGUAUCACCACUUGCGCAUGCGUAAAAAAGUAUUCUAUCCGGUUCACCAGGUGUCAGUGUUGUCGCGAAAAGUAAGAUGAAGAUAUUCUUUUCUAUUUUCUUUGUAUUUAUUUUCGUUGUGUAUGUUUGAAAAGUUAUGGAAGUUUGCUAAUAAAUUUAAAUUGAAUUGGCUUAAUAUGGUAUAAUUUUUACAAAGUUUAAGGUGUGCAAUACGAGAAAAUAUAGGCGAAUGUAAGAAAUUCAAAUUUAGCGCUUGCGUCUAUGUUCAAAGAGACAAACAUUUUCCUGGCACGUCAUCAACCAUGAUGAAAGCAGGAAACCGCGUCCCAUCGGUAAAGAUGGAGGAAAAUGAUAUAGAUUUAUAUGCAGAUGAUAUUGAUCAGGACUUUGCUCAGGACGAUUUUGGCGGAGAAAACGUAGAUUUAUAUGACGAUGUGAUAGCUGCACCAGCUGGGGCUAAUAAUGUAGACAAUUCUGGUGAUUCUAAUCAUCACGCACCUCCCGGUGCCAAUGAUGAAGCCGGCGGAAAUUUCACAGGUCCAACAGUCACUGCUAACAAUGUUAAUUCCUCAGGAAGAAGACACCAACUUUAUGUUGGAAACCUAACUUGGUGGACAACUGAUCAAGACAUUGAAAAUGCAGUUCAUGACAUUGGUGUAAAUGAUUUCCAUGAAGUGAAGUUUUUUGAACACAGGGCGAAUGGCCAAUCUAAAGGAUUCUGCGUCAUCUCUAUGGGCUCUGAACCCAGCAUGAGGCUGUGCUUAGAACUCCUUCCCAAAAAAGAGAUCAAUGGUCAAAAUCCUGUAGUUACCCCUCCCACCAAACAGGCACUAAGUAAUUUUGAAAGUCAGUCUAAAACACGUCCCUCCCCUACUAAUAAUACUAACUCACGUCCUCCCCAUCCUAACCAUCCUAAUUCUAAUGUUCACUCAGGUCCUAUGCAAAACUACGGAGGUAGAAUGCCAAUGAACCCAUCCAUGCGUCCCCUUCCCCCCGGUAUGCAAGGAGGCCCUCGUAUGCAGGGUCCUCCUGGUUUUAAUGGGCCCCCAGCUAUGAAUCAACAGCCUCCCAGAUUCCAGGGUAAUCAUCCACAAUGGAAUGGACCUAGACCCAAUGGCCCUGGGCCUAAUAUGGGUAUGAGACCAAUGGGACCUCCUCCUGGUCAACCUGGUGGACCUCCUAGACCACCUAUGGGUCCGCCUCAACAACAUCCCCCUAGGGGUAUGCAACCGCAGGGGCCGCCACCAAUGCGUCCAGAAUGGAACAGACCACCAAUGCAGCAAGGGUAUCCUCAAGGUCCGCCGCAUAUGCAAGGUCCGAACAUGGGUCCUAGGGGUCCGCCUCCGAUGGGACCCCCAGGUGCUCCACCGCAAGGACCUCCACAAGGACCGGCGCCUCAUGUUAAUCCUGCUUUCUUCCAGCAAGGAGGAGGACCGCCGCCACCAAUUCAACACAUGCCUGGACCAGGGCCCGUCAUGCCACCACAAGGACCACCUCAAGGUCCUCCUCACGGUCCAGUUGGGCCUCCUCAUGGUCCUCCAAUGGGUCCAACGAAUGUACCACCACAUGGCCCACCUCACGGUUACGGACCUCCAGCCACUAUGCCACAACCUUCUUACGGCGGCCCGCCUCCGGAUCAUCGUUCAGACAUUCCCCAAUUGACCGAACAGGAAUUCGAAGAUAUCAUGUCUAGAAACAGAACUGUAUCUUCCUCUGCCAUUGGCAGAGCUGUAUCUGACGCUGCUGCGGGCGAAUAUGCAAGCGCAAUAGAAACUCUUGUCACUGCUAUAUCUCUUAUUAAACAAUCUAAGGUAGCUAACGACGAUCGCUGCAAAAUUCUGAUCAGCUCCUUACAAGACACCCUGCGUGGCGUAGAAGACAAAUCUUACAGUUCGAGCCGUAGGGAUAGGUCUAGAUCUAGAGACAGAUCUCACAGAAGGACAAGAAGAGAAAGAUCAUCAUCGAGGUACCGCGACAGAAGCAGAGAUAGAGAACGUGAAAGAGACAGAGAUAGGGAUCGCGAGCGUGACAGAUAUUAUUCUGAUAGAUACAGCGAAAGGGAGCGAGACAGAGAUAGAUCUAGAAGCAGAGAAAGGACGGAGAGGGAAAGAGAGCGAGACUACAGAGAUCGAGAACCUGAGGAUACAUCACGAGUCUCAAGAUCAAGAAACAAGUCUCCAGACCCAGUUGAAGCUAGCAGUGAAGUGACUAAGUCUUCUAGAUACUAUGACGACAGGUAUAGAGAAAGAGAACGCGAGUCUGGACGAGCAAGAGAAAGUGAUCGCGACAGGGAACGAGAUCGCAGAGGUGAUGACAGCCAUCGUUCUAGACACUAACAAGUAAAAAAUAUAUAGUCUGGUCACAUAAUUAAUGGAUGGUAAUGGUUUGAUUUUUAUUUUUCGGGCUAUUAUAUAAAGUUAAUGAAAAAUUAGUUUUACAUGUGACUGUUCAUAGUUUUACAAUUUCCGUCACUAUUUGAUUCAAUAUUUACUAGAAAAAGAUUUUAUUAUGAUUUCUAUGUUGAUACUUCUUUUUAACCCUCAAAACAUUCAAGAAAAUAAUGUUGUAUAAACAUUUAUUUCAGUAAAAUAGUUAAAAAUAAAAUAUAAGCAAUUGUUUUGCAAGGUUUGAAAGAAAGAUGUGACCAUUUUUCCUGAACCUUGAGAAUAGUAUACAUUUUAAGUGGGAAUAUAGUUCCCAGGACCUGAUUAAGUGUUUACUGUCAUAAAAAUAAACAUUUAAGAAUAAGAUAAAACAAAUAAUCACAAGGAUUUAGCUCUGGCAAUCUCUACUC